CUCACAACAUCGCAAUCAACCCCCAAAUACACCGCACCAUGACGAACCUCGACGUACUUCUCCUCAAGGGCCCACCGUCCGACGACCUCCAACGCGGCCUCGACGACCUGCGCUACACGAUCCUCACACAGGGCAUACCCGGAAACAGCGAUGGCAUGUCCGAGCUGCGAGUCUACAUCUGGCUGAUCCUCCUCUCCGUCCCUCCGCUCCAAACCUCCGCCUACCUCGACCUCGUGCGCCAGGGCGCAUCCCCAGCCUACGCCAAAAUCCGCAACGACACCUUCCGCACCCUGGCCACGGACCCGCUGUUCCGGCGGCGCGUGACAGAGAACAGCCUGACGCGGGUCCUCAACGCCGUAGCAUGGCGGCUGCACGACGCGCACGAGGCGCGCAUAAACGGGUGGCAGAGCCCGCCGACGCUGUCCGAGGGCGGCGCAGGCAGUCCGGAGAGCAGGCCGUCGAACGUGUUCUCGGCGCGGCAGACGGACGCCUCAAGUAGUCGGACCGACGGCAGCGGGCAGGUCGGGUAUGUGCAGGGGAUGAAUGUGCUCGCGGCGCCGUUUCUGUAUGCGGCGCGCAGCGAGACGGAGGCGUUUGCGGCGUUUGAGCGGCUGAUUACGUAUGAGUGUCCGGGCUAUGUGAGGGGCUCGAUGGAUGGGGUGCAUCGUGGGUUGAGGCUGGUGGAUUCCGUGCUGGAGAUUGUGGAUCCGCGGCUGGCGGAGCAUCUGGCGAGUAAGGGGAUGCAUGCGGAGAUCUAUGCGUUUGCGUCGGUGCUGACGAUGUGUGCGUGUACGCCGCCGUUGCCGGAGGUGUUGCAGUUGUGGGACUUUCUGUUUGCGUAUGGGCCGCAUCUGAAUAUUCUGUGUAUUGUUGCGCAGUUGGUGCUCAUUCGGGACCAGCUGCUGGACAAUCCCAGUCCGAACCAGAUCCUCCGCGCUCUUCCUCCACUUCAAGCGAGUCGCAUCAUACAGAUAGCGACGUCCUUUGCGCCGAAGAUACCCGAUGACAUAUACCAUCAGAUCGUCAACCAUGCCAAAUGAACGUCCUGCAUGUCCAGCACCGACAAGCAGUCGUUCAAAAAAAAAAAUAGAAACGCUUGACGAAUCACGAAUAACGAACUUGCAGCAUUCCCGGGAGUUACAUAGGAUCAGUCGACGCACAAAAGGACAUGACAUAGUCACGGCAUCCGUCCU